AUGCUUAUCUGGCAGUGGGACGAAUCUACAGGUUGGCAGGCUCCCGAAAUCCGACCAUACGGACCACUUCCUAUAAUGCCCAAUGCCAGCGUUCUUCAAUACGCAACAGAAUGUUUUGAGGGCAUUAAAAUCUACCGAGGGCAUGACGACCGGCUACGAGUUUUCCGAUUGCAGCUCAAUUGUGAGAGGAUGCGCAAGUCAUCUCUUCGUGUGGGAUUACCUGAGUUUGAUACAACUCAGUUCGAAUCUCUUUUGAUGCAAUUUGCUGCCCUUGAGGCUGAGAAAUGGCUUCCUAGCGGCAAAACCGGUCAAACGUUAUAUCUACGUCCAACUCAUAUCGGGUUGACGGCGGCCCUAGGUGUUCAAAAACCUCGACAGUCUUUGCUGUAUGCCAUUGCUACUUUGCUUCCAGGUUUCACCACCAAGGGGAAUGGUAUGAGAUUGCUCACCUCCCCAGCCGAAGCUGUUCGGGCUUGGCCGGGUGGCUUUGGGAAUCGAAAGCUUGGGGGAAAUUAUGGGCCUACACUACCGGCACACGAUGCAGCUCUUCAGAGAGGUUUCGAUCAAAUACUUUGGCUUUUCGGCCCAGAGGGAUUUGUCACUGAGGCCGGCGCAAGUAACUUUUUUGUCGUAUGGAAGACGAAAAGUGGCGAUGUUGAGCUCGUCACUGCAGGCCUAGACAAUGGCACAAUUCUGGAGGGUGUUACCCGUUACAGCGUUUUGGAUCUCGUGCGAUCUAAUCGUAACAAACCUUCAGCGUGGUAUCAUCGGGGUCACACGCUGCCUCCUUUGACAGCCACUGAAAGAGACUUCACCAUAGAUGAGGUACAAGAUGCUGUGAAAGAAGGUCGGCUGAUCGAAGCAUUCGCAGCAGGAACUGCGUAUUUUAUUGCAUCUGCUGAGGCAAUACAUCAUCGAGGAAAGGAUAUACCGAUCCCGCUUCCAACAGCAGAAUCCGCAUCAUAUGCUCAACUGAUCAAAGAAUGGCUAUCGGAUAUCGUUUUCGGCGUAGAAAGCCCUCAUAAAUGGACGAAAGAAAUUUCUCUGUAA